AUGGGGAAGUCACACAAGGAGAAAAAGAAGAAGGAAAGUGUUGAAGAGUCGAAAACUCAGCAGGAGGGGUUUGUUGUUCAGUCUGAAGACACAACUCCGAAAUUAGAUACAUCAAAUUGGCCACUCCUGCUUAAGAAUGUGCAUCUAAUGAAUGUCCGAGAUUGUCAUUUUGAGCCUAGUGAACGUGGCUAUUCGCCUUUGAAUCGGCCACUUGAUGAACACAUAAAACAUGGUGUUAUAAACUUGGAUAAACCAUCUAAUCCAUCUUCACACGAAGUUGUUGCGUGGGUGAAGCGUGCCUUGAAAGUGGAAAAGACAGGCCACAGUGGCACUCUGGAUCCCAAAGUCACUGGUUGUCUCAUUGUUUGUAUCGACAGGUCCACUCGUUUGGUUAAAUCGCAGCAGAAUGCAGGCAAAGUUUAUAUCGCGAUAUUUCGCCUUCAUGAAUGUGUGCCGAGUAUUAAGCGUGUUCAGCAAGUUUGUGAAAUACUAAAAGGUGCUCUUUUUCAACGUCCACCGGCCGUCUCUGCUGUCAAGAGACAGCUACGCAUUCGGACAAUAUUCCGCAGCGAUUUGCUGGAAUACGAUCCAUCGAAGCGUCUGGGAGUCAUCCGACUUGAUUGCGAAGCUGGCACCUAUGUUCGGACAUACUGUGUUCAUAUUGGUCUCAUGCUUGGUUGUGGUGGCGUCAUGGAGGAACUGCGCCGAAUUCGUUCGGGGAUCCUCACUGAAGAAGACAAUAUGGUUACAAUGCAUGACGUUCUUGACGCUAAAUGGGUCCACGAAAACUACAAUAGUGAAGACUAUUUGCGUCGUGUUAUCAUGCCCUUGGAAAAGUUACUUAUCGGUCACAAGCGUAUCAUGGUGAAGGAUUCAACCGUCAGUGCCCUCUGUUACGGUGCGAAACUUAUGCUCCCUGGCAUUCUCCGUUAUGACAAUAACAUUAAUAAGGAUGACGAGAUAGUUCUCAUUUCUACCAAAGGUGAAGCCAUUGCUCUUGCUAUUUCUAACGUGGUCACUGCCGCGAUAGCGACGUGUGAUCAUGGUCCUGUUGCCAAACUUAAGCGCGUGAUUAUGGAUCGGGAUCUUUAUCCUCGUCAAUGGGGACUUGGUCCUGUUGCCGCUCGACGCAAACUAGAGCGCGCCAUGCAAAACCAAAAGGGUGAUAAAAAUGAAGUUGAGGAGAAGGAAGAUGCAAUAAAAAAGAAACUGAAUGUUGAUGAGGAGGACAGGGGUGUCUCAAACGACCACGUCAAGCCUCGACAUCAUCAUCGUCAUCAUCGGAUUCGAGUGAUUGAAAACAAUCCGGCACGCAUCUGCUUUGGUCUACUGUACAUAUGCCCAUCCCGUCGACACGCAUUUUUCCAAUUAAAUUUGGUAUAA